GCCCUUUACACGGAAGCUUGGGGCGUCAGGUCCUGUCUUUCUUUCGUUUCCGGCAGUGGGCGACACUGGGAGGACCUGCUCCCCUUGGACAGGAGGCCGAGUUCCCACUAGAGGGUACGCGGACAGAUUGAAGUCAUGGCCAUUCUUUUUGCUGUUGUUGCCAGGGGAACCACUAUCCUUGCCAAACAUGCUUGGUGUGGAGGAAACUUCCUGGAGGUGACAGAGCAGAUUCUGGCUAAGAUACCUUCUGAAAAUAAUAAACUAACUUACUCACAUGGCAAUUACUUGUUUCAUUAUAUCUGCCAAGACAGGAUUGUGUAUCUUUGUAUCACUGAUGAUGAUUUUGAGCGUUCUCGAGCCUUCAGUUUUCUUAAUGAAGUAAAGAAGAGGUUCCAGACUACUUAUGGUUCCAGAGCACAGACUGCACUUCCAUAUGCUAUGAAUAGUGAGUUCUCGAGUGUUUUGGCUGCACAGCUGAAGCAUCACUCCGAAAAUAAAGGGCAAGACAGAGUGAUGGAGACUCAAGCACAAGUGGAUGAACUAAAAGGAAUCAUGGUCAGAAACAUAGAUUUGGUUGCUCAACGUGGAGAAAGAUUGGAAUUACUGAUAGAUAAAACAGAAAACCUUGUGGAUUCAUCUGUAACUUUCAAAACUACCAGCAGAAAUCUUGCUCGGGCCAUGUGUAUGAAGAAUAUCAAGCUUACUGUCAUCAUCAUCAUCGUAUCGAUUGUGUUCAUCUAUAUCAUUGUGUCACCUCUCUGUGGUGGGUUUACAUGGCCAAGCUGUGUAAAGAAAUAAAAAGGAAAACAUUACCAUUAACCAAGGAUAUAAGAGUGAAAGGAAAGAAAGGCAAUCCAUGUGACUCAGGCUUUUCACUAUUUUCAGAAAUUAUCUGCCAAUUUCUUUAAUCUUCUUUUUGCUUUUUCUUGUUUAAUAGUAUUAUAUGCCUCUAGAUUUAUCUUUGUCCUCUCAUAUUGUUUAACAAACUUUACUUUGAACCAUUAUUUACAUGAAUAUCUUUGAAAUGUUGUUUGUUUCUUUUGUUUGUUAAGUAUAAACUUCUACUUAGAAAGACAUUUUUGUUUUUAACACACAAAGCUUUUGCCAAGGUGGAAACCACCAAUCUUAGAAUCUGUCUGCUAAAACUCUCUAGGAAUUUUCUAUACUGACACAAAAUUAUUGGGAGAUUGAUUGUAUUGCUAACAUAUCAUUUUAGUCUCUUUUGUUAUGGGAGAGUUUUUGGUGCUUCAAAAUAAUAUAGAUAAUUUGGGGAAUUGUAAUGAAUUGUUGGUGCUGCUUAUAUCCAGGAGCCCAUACAAAUGAUGUACUUAGUGUUUUUAUUUUAAUAAGGUGGGAAACAUUUUGCUAUCCCAUUAGAAGCACAAGAAUUAUCUUUGUCCUCCCAGCAUUUACUUUGUUAAAUAAAGUUUAGUGCAUUAUUUAUCCAUACUGCAGAUAUUUUAAUAUGUUCUGCUUCUCCAUUGCAAAGUCAAAUUGAGAAAAUGAAUUAAAUAAGUUGAGAAUUAUGGGCUUUACACAUUAUUUUUCUUCUGUGCAUAAUUAGGACAAACAUUUUUAAUAAAAUUCAUAACAGAGGAAAGGGGAGGCAAAUAUUUCUAAGUCAUCAAAGAAAAAGAAGGGAACCACAAUAAAAGUGCAGGCAUUUUAGCCUCACAAAAUGCAGUCAUGUGGUAAGUUUUUUUCCAUUCUGGGAAAAGCCCAAAAUGAAUACAGUCAGAAGUUAACUCCAGGAUUUGGAUUUAACUUCUGUUGAAUAAUAGUUUGAUCUUUCUUUGUGGUUUAACAAAUUCUUUAAUCUAAUUUUGAAUAAUUGUAAAGCUGAAAGAGAAUAAACAGUAUAAUGAUAUAGUACAAAAUAUCUUAAUAUAAAUUUAUUAUAGAAUAAGAAAAUCUGAAUGUUAUGCUUCUUCAUCUACUCUGGCAUCAGUAAUUUAGUAGUUGGUGUCUAUCUGAAAUCAAAACAUUUUUGCCCUAGAUGUAAUUGCAUUUAUUUAUCCAUAGGUGAAAUUAAAUAGAAGUGAUAUUACAUUUUACUCUUUUCUCAAUGAAACAAUAAACUAGUGUUUUGGACUCAGCCAACUGUUUAGCCUAGUCAUGUGCCUUGAAUAUGUAUGUGUCCUAUAAUCAGACUCUUUGUACCUCUUCUUCUAUGUUCAUGCUACCUGUUUGAUUUAUUUGAUGCACCUAAUGCACAUAGGAAAUCUUUGGUUCAUCAUGUAUAACACAAUUUUUUGCGGACAUUUUUAUGAGCACUAAUUCAUAGUAAUUAUAUAAUUAUUUCCUAUUAGGAAAUACAUUCAUUCUCCAAAAAAAUUGACAUUCCCAAGUAAUAACUUAAAGGCUUAAAAUUUAUUUCCUUUUCUUAUACACACUAGAAUAAAAUUAAUGUGCAUGUUAUAGGGAUUAAUUACUUAAGUGUUCCUUGGUCUAUUUAUGUAUAAGAAUGCUUUUUACGGCACAUUUUUCAUUGUAAAUGAUGCACAAAUUGAAAACAUUAAUAAAAGUUAAUACAUUGA